AGUAAUAAUAACAUUGGAGAAUGAUGCCAUAUCAAAAUUCCAUAAGUGCUUUGUCAGAUUUUUCCCUCCUUGAUCAUUAUCAUCAGUGCCUGCCUAUCUCAUGGGAGGAGUAACCCAUGUAAUGUAUGAUGCUAAAAAAAAAAUCCCCCCCCCCGCAUGCAUGAAGCAUGUCUUCUUUAACCGUUUCUCUUCCAGUCAGUCUCCUCCCUCAGUAAUCCUGUUCUCUCUAUAAAUGAAGACCCAACAUGAGCCCAGAUAUAUGCAACUUAUCUUUUCUGGGGUCUUGAGCAAGAUCACAACAAGAAGAUUUUUCUCCGACGACUGAGUCCAUCGAACCAGCAGCAUCUGCACUCUUGAGGACCCAUUCUUCUCUUCUCUGCAUCCAGAAGAUCUCAGCAGAUCGUCAACCAGCAUGACUCCUCGGUCUCUCCUCCUGUCCGUCCUGCUUCUCCUGUCUGUCUUCAGCACCGUCUGGUGCAGUCCAAUGUGCAACAACCAGUGCUGCCGUUUUGUGGAGGGGUUCCCUGUCAGGCUCAAGAGGCUCAGAGAGAACUAUUCACAGAUCAGAGACUUCUAUGAAGCAAACAAUGACUUGGACACAGCGCUGCUAGAUCAGACCGUCGAAGACUCUUUUAAAAGCCCGUUUGCCUGCCACGCGAUGAACAGCAUAUUGGACUUUUACCUGAGCACGGUGCUACCCACAGCCAUAGCCGGAGUAACGGAGGACACCAGGGACCUGAUGCCUCACAUGGAGUCCAUACAGCAGAUCUUCGACGAGCUCAAGAGUGAUGUCACCAAAUGUAGAAACUACUUCUCAUGCAAGAAACAUUUUGACAUCAAAACCCUAAACUCUACUUACACUCAGAUGGAGAGUAAAGGUAUAUAUAAGGCCAUGGGUGAACUGGAUCUGCUGUUUAACUACAUUGAGACAUACCUGGCCUCUAAACGACAGAGAAACCAAGUGGUCUCUGCCUGAAGACUUGACCCUAAUGAAAAUGUGAAUUUGUUCAUCUCAGGAACAAAAAACAAAAAACCAGUCACUGACUCUUGCAGUCUUUUGCAUUCAAUCCAUUAUUUUUUGUGGUUUGAAUAUUGACAGAUGGUUUUACUGUCUGUCUUUACUGUCUUUGUUGUUCUGAGACCCCUGUUAACUUUGUCCUGGGGACAAGCAUCCUUUUAAGACUAUUUACAGUUGUGAAAUGGAAACCAAAAGUGUUACAUAUGAAGCUGUUAUAUUUAUUUUAUGUAUUUUGUAUUUAUUAGUUUUUUAUCGCUGAAGCCAAAUAAAUGACUUAAUUAUAACAAGUGCCUCCCUUCAUUUUAUUUCACAUGGUUAUACAGCUGCUGUCAUGUGCCAUUUAUUAGGAGCGGGUAACUGCUAGAGCACUGAGUACAUCACAUCC